AUGAAAAUAAGCCUUGACCCUAGCCUCCCAAACGCCAGAAGUGUUCGUAUUCGUGACCUGUCCAGUCUUCUAGAUGGUGCCCAGUGCCUCAAAGCCGAAGUCCGUGUUCACGUAUAUGGUUGGGCGCAUCGAAUCCGCCGACAAAGCAAGUCACUAAUGUUCAUCAUACUCAGGGAUGGAACUGGCUUUUUGCAAGUUGUGCUGACCGAAAAUCUGGUAAUCCUGUGGAAACUUACAAUAUUUAGCCACCUCGGUACUUAUACAAAAGAGAGUCAAGCUGGCCUUAUAGCUAGUGGAUAUUAUAACAUUUUCAGUCUCACUAGUAUUAUAAGCUACGAUACUUUUGUCAAGCAUAUAUGA